GAGUCACUAUAGGGAUGAUGCUCUGGAAAUGCUUCAACACGCUAUCGAUUAUGAUGACCUCCGCACCGAGUUUCUGCUUCCCGAUAUCAUAACGGAUGUUGUUACGAUGCUACAAGACCGCAGUGAGUCUCUUGUGGAUUCUGCGACCAAAUUCCUCGCGCUUGCAGCAAAAGAUGUUGCCUCACUAAGAUGCACCCCGGAAGGUGACAAGUGGCCUGGGGAUAUAACUUUUGUCAAACUCCUGGAAGUUGCUCUGCGUUUCGGUACACUGUUCGCACUUUUUUUAUCUGACAUUGACUCAUGUCCGACAGAAUCCAUUCGUAAGGAGAUCUUUGAUCCUGUGAUCUUUGCGACUCUUC